UCGCCGAACGAAGCGUCAGUACCGUUUUCGAUCUCGGUGCCGCGGAUCCGAUCGUUUCCACGUUGUCGUUGUCCCCUCGUCGGUAGAGAACGUUGUCCGAUCGCACAGGACAGAUAGGAGACGGAUAGGGAUCGCGUGGUCGGGGUGAUCGCGGGAUCGUAAAUCGUAACCUGUGGCGGUGUCCGUAACGUACGCGUAAGCCUAAGAAUAGUUGUCCAGUGGCCGAAAUCGAUCCUCGACGGUCGUUUCGGCGGCGCGUCGCGGCAGAUGCGUGUUCGCUUCGAUUCGCACCGCGUUCGUUCCCUUGAUCGAUCGAGUUCUCGUCAGGAGCACCGCGAAGAGGAGAUCCGGGGAAGUACCGUGGUUCGAUCGAACAUGGACAGGAGCCGGAAACGAUUCGACGCGGCCGUGACCGAUGCCGCGAGCAAGCCGGAAACGCGUCGAACGCGCGGUCUUCUCGUCUAAUACGACACGGAAAGCAAAAGGUGGAGGAGGAGCGGAGGAGCAGAUUCGCGAGGCGGCGGUGCGUUCGUUGGGCCGGUGGCUUCUACAUGGAUACCAAAUGGAUCGUCCUGUCGACGGUCGCAUGGCUCGCUUGGUCCGCUCGGUUCGCGUGUCCGGUGAAAGGGGAGUCCGGCUGUCGCGAGGCCCGGUUGGCCCGCAGCUGCGAAACUCUCUGCGAGAUAAACCGUCCGCAGGUGUCCUGCGAGCUCAGGAUAGCGGUUCUGCUCCCGGCGGAUCCACGAUUCGACAUCUCGUUGCCGAAGGUGCUGCCGGUCCUGGAUCUGGCGGUGAACGACGCGAGGUCGCGGGGCUUGCUACCGCCUUGGUUGCAGCUGCAGUUCCUGUCGCAGAACGACCAUUGCGACGCGACGUACGCGCAGAUCGGCGCGAUCGACAGUUUCUCGAGCUGCGUACACCUGUUUCUUGGGCCCGCCUGCGACUACUGCGUUGCGGCCGUCGGCAGAGUGGUGAAGUUUUUCGACGUUCCCCUGAUCACCACCGGCGGUUUCACGUACGACUUCACCGAGAAGAAGACCGAGUGCAAGGACGAGUACUUUAUGACCACCAGAAUCGGCAGUUUGGCGUUCAGAGAUCUCGCGAACUUUUUCGUCGGCCUGAUGAAUCGAUACGAGUGGCGAAAGGUGCAUCUGGUUUAUACAACGAACGGACAGAGUCGAGUUGCCGGGAGGCACACUUGUCAGUUGAUGAUGAAAUCCAUGGUAGAAUUUAUCAAGAAGCAUCCAAACUUUGCGUACGGCACGUUUGAUGUCGAGAACACAGAGAUCGGAGAUUAUCCAGAGGCGUUGCGGGACCACGUGGGCUACGGGUACGGUGUUGUAGUGAUGUGCGCCAACGCGACCACCAUCCGGGAGAUAUUGUUGGCGGCCGAGGAGCUCGGCAUGGUGGAUUCCGGGGAAUACGUGUUUUUCUCCAUCGAGCUGUCGUCCAGCGACAACGAUUCGCUGGAACCGUGGAGGGUGGAAACGGACAGCGACGAGAGAAACGAGAAAGCGCGGAAGGCUUAUCAAGCGUUGCUAACGGUGACACCCCGCACACCGGACAACGUCGAGUACUUGAACUUCUCGCGAAAAGUGAAAUCGUUGGCCCAGAGCAAGUACAAUUUCACUUUCGGGAACAGCACGGUCUCGACGUUCGUCACGGCGUUUUACGACGCCGUACUCCUCUAUGCCCUCGCACUCAAGGACAGUCUGCCGGAACAUCCCGAUAAGGUCAAUUUGGACGGCGGUAAUCUCACGCGACGUAUGUGGGGGAAGAGCUUCAAAGGGAUCACGGGAGACGUGAACAUCGACGAGAACGGGGAUCGUAUCGCGGACUAUUCUCUUCUCGACAUGAAUCCGGAAACGUCGAGGUUCGAGAUCGUAGCGAAUUUCUACGGGGCCAACAAAACGUUCGAAUAUGUCCCCGGGAAGAGGAUUCACUGGUCCGGUGGUCGCGACGACGCGCCACCGGACACACCCACAUGCGGAUUCGAUGGUUCCUUGUGCCCCGACAACUCUCUGCCGGGUCACGCGAUCCUCUCGAUGGUUUUGAGCUCGAUCGUUGUCGUUCUCGUUGUCGCUUCGGUCUUCAUUUACAGGCACUUUAAACUCGAAGCGGACAUAGCUUCCAUGACGUGGAAAGUACACUGGAGCGACAUCGAGGUGGUACCGAAGGCGAAUUCCGGCGGUUCCGUGACUUCUUUCAUCGUGUACAAGCCGCGCGGAAGCCACACAUCGAUGUUCACCAUAGACGAACUGGACAGGAGCCCUUACGUUACCACCGGUAUUUACAAGAACUCGAAAGUCGCUGUAAAAUUCAUAUCUAGGCAGAAGGUGGAAAUCUCUCGGCCCCUGUUGCUCGAAUUGAAGAAGAUGAAAGAUCUUCAACACGAUCAUCUGGUGCGAUUUUACGGAGCCUGCGUGGAUCCGCCGAACUGUUGUCUCCUGACCGAGUUCUGUCCGAGAGGAUCCCUUCAGGACGUGUUGGUGGACGAGCGAAUCAAACUGGAUCGGGUGUUUCGAGUGUCGUUGAUACACGACAUUAUACGAGGCAUGGCGUACCUGCACGCGUCUGAGGUGAAGAGCCACGGCAACUUGAACUCGUACAAUUGCGUGGUUGACUCGCGGUUCGUCCUAAAGAUCGCCGACUUUGGACUGCACGAGCUGAGGGAAAGGUUCCCGAGCAAAGAGGACCUCGACGAUUCCGUUUGCCAGACAAAAAAGUUGUGGACAGCCCCGGAGCUGUUGAGAAUGGAGAGACGACCACCGGAGGGCACCCAGAAGGGAGACGUGUACAGCUUCGGAGUGAUCAUUCACGAGAUCGUUGUGCAGAAGGGACCGUUCUAUCUGGGCGACAACUAUCGUUUCACCGUGCGGGAGAUCGUCGAAGGGGUAAAGAGAGGCGGAGGCUCUCCGCUGAGGCCCGCGAUCAACAGCUCGUACGAGGAGGAGGUGAUCGUUUUGAUGAAUCGGUGUUGGGCGGAAGAUGCGGCGGAUCGACCCGACUUCUCCAUGCUCAAGCAAAUGAUACGGAAAAUGAACACGGAGGAGGAGAGCAACAUCCUGGACAACUUGCUCUCCCGCAUGACGCAGUACGCCAGCAACCUGGAGGCCCUCGUGGCGGAGCGAACCGCCGAUUACCUCGAGGAGAAACGAAAAUGCGAGGAGCUUCUCUAUCAAUUGUUGCCGAGGUCCGUCGCGUCCCAGCUGAUACUCCAACAAAACGUGAUAGCCGAAACCUACGACCAAGUGACGAUCUACUUCAGCGAUAUCGUCGGCUUUACGCAACUGUCCGCCGAGAGCACGCCGCUUCAAGUGGUCGACUUAUUGAACGAUCUUUACACGUGUUUCGACUCCAUCAUCGAGAACUUCGACGUGUACAAGGUGGAGACGAUAGGAGACGCUUACAUGGUGGUGUCGGGGUUGCCUGUUCCGAACGGGACCAACCACGCGAGGGAAAUCGCGAAAAUGGGCUUGGCGUUGCGAGACACCGUGAUGACGUUCAGAAUUCGGCACAGACCGAAGGAGCAGCUCAAGCUCAGGAUCGGCAUGCACACUGGUCCCUGCGUGGCCGGUGUGAUCGGAUUGAAGAUGCCGAGGUACUGUCUCUUCGGGGACACCGUUAACACCGCUUCGAGGAUGGAGAGCACCGGAGAAGCUCUGAAAAUCCACGUAAGCCCGAAGACCAAAGAGAUCUUGGACACGUUCGGAACGUUCGAGCUCGUUUGCCGAGGAGAAGUCAGCUUGAAGGGCAAAGGGAAAAUGACCACCUAUUGGUUGAUCGGCGAGAAGUCGGGCAAGGAGAUCGUCCCCAGAGGGAACGCGUCGACGUCGGUGACGAUAACGGCGGCGAACGCGAGCACGGGUCUAAUGUCUUCGAGAAGCGGCGACCAGCGGGCCCAGGACCAUCAGCGACCCAUUUCGAAUCAAGAGAGAAGCGGUCGAGGUCGCGACAACGGCGGAGGUGUCGUCGAUGAACCGAACAGAAACGUCGUGGUCGCGUCGCCUUCGCGAACUUCCGUCAACGCGACGUCGCAACCACGGCGAUUCCAAGCCGAGUCGUUGCCGAAUCACAGGGAAAACAGUCCAAGCGCUCCUCUGCUCGUGCCCGCGACCACGACCGCAAUCGCGACUACGACCGUGGCCGCGACAGCGAACGCGAACGCAAACGCGAACGCAAACGCGAACGCGAACGCGAACGCGAACGCGACCUCCCGUCCACGAAUUUAAUUUUGCCUCGAUCGAUCGCGCGAUCCUCGCGCAGGUAACGAUCGAUUUCAUUCCUAUCGCAUAGCGUAUCGUUGUUUCGUCUAGAAUAGGCGGCGUGCUCGGAUCGGUGAGCCCGAUCGGAAUUUGGGUCCACACGUUCGAAAGGAACGCCCUUUCGAACUACCGUUAAGAUUAUCAGCGGCGCGAAACACCGCCGACUUUCGUUCUAAAAAAUUACUUCCCGAGGACCAGCGCUUUCAGUAGGAGAGUUCCAAUUAAACAACUCUAAAAGGCGGGAGGAUGCACCGCGUCACCGAUUCGUGGACGAUCCGGCGGUGAAUAAUCGAACCAGUCGGGCCACGAGUUUCUCUGCGAGCGCAUCGUAUUUCUAUGUUGAACAAGAAUUGUAAUAUUCAAAUAUUUAUGAAGAGUUAAAGUUUAAGCGUCGGUGUAGAAAAGAAAAAGGAAUGAAACGCGUGUUCUAGAGGCGGCUAGAGAGGCUGGGCCUCGCGAACGAACGAAACCAUCUUCGAUACGAUCGUGCUUCGGUAACGCGGAGCACCCGAUACGGCCAAAGAAAGUAACGAAAUAGUCGCAACGCGACGAAAUUUCUCUCUAUUCGUGUCAAUCUCUUUUAAGAAUGUAACGAUCGAUAUUUCGGAAAUAAAGUUUCGUCGUUUUUGGAA